AUGUUGUGCUUGUAGGGUAUCAACCUGAGUGGAGGACAGAAGCAGAGAGUGAGUCUAGCACGAGCAGUGUACAGUGAUGCAGAAAUCUAUCUGAUGGAUGAUCCACUCAGUGCAGUCGAUGCUCAUGUCGGCAAACACAUCUUUGAGAAUGUAAUUGGUCCCCAUGGCCAGCUUAAGAACAAGACUCGCAUCCUGGUGACCCAUGGGGUAGCGUUCCUGCCUCAAGUAGACGUGAUUGUGGUUAUGAAGGGAGGUGAGAUCAUGGAGAGAGGUACCUUCAAAGAACUGUUGGAGAAGAAAGGAGAGUUCUCAGAAUUUCUGAUACAGCACUUGGCAGAAACGGACCAACAUGAGGAGACUCAAGACAUCCAAGAACUUUUAGAUGAAGAAACUACUCAGAGAAUAAGAAAGAUAAGCAAGAGUGAAUCUUUAAGGUCACUCCGAUCCACCAGCCGAAGAAGUUCAGUCAACCUAGAGGUUCAGUCAAGCUUGAGACAGUCUGAAAAAUAUUUGUCAGAUGACAUGGGAAGUACAAACAGUUUGAUCGGUCUUGGAGUUUCAACUCUUCACUUUGUGGAAGAAACUGAAGAACCAAGUUCAGGACAGGUAGUAGAGAUGAGUGUUUUGAAGAACGGAGAAAUCGUGGACUCUGGUGUCGCUGUGGCCGACCAGAAUGACGUAGAGUCUGAAACGGAAGAAUUACUCCAUAAACGUCUUAGCAAGGUCAGAUCAUCGAAAUCUGCAUCAGACAGAAAUAUUGCAAGUCAACCAGAGAGAAAACCAAUAAGCAAACUAAUCCAAGUUGAGGCUGCUGAAACUGGAAAG